AUGGAUUUUUCAAACUUGUUGAAUCAUUUUAAAAAUACAAUGUCUAAAAUAUUGGAUUUGGAAAAACCAAUCCAAGAAUACGAUAUUAAAAACGUCUCAAACAUUUUGAAAGAGUUUGCAAAGUUUUACAUGAAUACAUCCGAAGUAAGAAUGUUUCUAGAUAGUGUUUUAAUAUUUUUUGUACUAUUGAACAAAUAUGCAAAACAAUUUGAAAGUAUAAUGGCCCAGAAACAUUUUUCUGUUAGGUUAGCAUUGGAAGUGUUCUUGUUUGUUGUAGAUUCAACGCAAAUUUAUGAUAGCAUAAUAACAAAGUUUGCCAAAGUUAUAGAUACCAUUUUGGAAAGUGAUCCCUUAAACAGUAACGUUAAAGAAUAUUUUCGAAUUUAUUCACACAUUUUGGAUGAAGUUUCAAGUGAUAUUUUCGAAAAAUUAUCAGCUAAGCAUAAAAAAUUUUAUAUUUGGUACGAUGUUGUUAAAAACACUGGAGAUAUAGAAACGCAAGCCAUUAUUAUUAAUGUGCUCUUCAAACUUUUUAAAUUUCAUGAUCUCAACGUAAUUCUUGAAAAAUUUUUUCCGGAAAUUAUGCAAGUUCUAAUUCCAUCUAUUACAUCUACAGACGAAAAAAGUAUCUAUCAAAAUAUUAGAAUGGUACUUGACAAGAUAAAUGAAUCUGGAACAAAUAUAUUUUCUAUCAACUGUAGCAGCAUUGCAUUGGAUCUAACGCCAGUUGAGGAAUUCAGCAUGGCAGCGGCCACCGAUAAUAUCUGGCUUGACUUUAAUCUACUCGAAGAAAAGAUAUCGUUUUUUUGUUCGAAAAGUUUUUUCACAUCUGUGACUAAAAUAAAACCAUUUUUGAAAACAAGUUGGGAAGUGUUGUCGUUCUGUCCACGGGACGUCCUAAAAGUGGAUUUUAAUCACAACUUGAAUGCUAAAUGUUUAGACAUAUCUAUAAAAUUGAAAAAUUCAGUGUUUAAUGUAUCAUGUAGCCCAAAGUUUGAUACUGUUCGUAAUUUGGAAAUAUCAGUAUCGCAGUGUUCUGAAAGCUUCAAGAUAUUAGUAGAAAAGGUCCUUCCGGAAAUAUUUCCAAAUACUUUUUCCAUCGAUUGUCUAAAAUUUCCAUCAGAAGAAGAUAAUGAUUCUUCAGUAACUGCCGAUAUAUCGCUCCAAAGUGCUAAUUCCAGUGCUGUUCUUAAUUGUUUUAUAAUAAACAGACCGAAAAUUUCAACAAGAGAAAAAGCUGAACAAAAAUUUUUAGAUUCACAAAUUGUUCAUACCGACCCUGAAUUGGAAAAUUUCAUCUUAAUUUCGGAUGAUGAGGACGAUAAUACGAUAAAUAAAACUGACAAAAACAAAAAUCGUAUUUACGCACCAAUAGAUGAUAAAGAAGCAACACGAGAUAACUUGAAAAAGAAGAAACAUAAAAAUGGCAUGGUCAAAACACGAAAAACCCGUGUGGGAGACCCCAUAAUUGAACGCAUUGACAGUGUCAUCCAGUUCAAUAAAUCCGUUACUCCAGUCUCGUUUUCGGAAUCAGUAGUUGGAAAACCCAAAAAAAAGAUCUCAAGGCGGGAUUCACCUAAACAGAAAAUACCAUCAUUAAAAAAGAAAAAAGGUCAUAAAGUGUCAUCGAGCUUGACUUCUCCGAUUGUAAAAAUUGUAGAAAAACCGGUUGUUUCCAAAAAGCGAAAAGGUAAAGAAAAGGACCUAAUUGAAAUAGUAAGAGAAGCAAAUGAGUUGGAGGAAGUUUUAGAAACAAGUCAAUCCUGUUCAGUAUCAAAGGUGGAAGAUUGGUUGAAAAGUGUCAAUGUUGAUCCGGUUUUGACAGAAAAGAAAAAUCUAGAAAUUCCAAUUUUCAAAGAAAAAAUUGUUAUAGACCCUGACUCAGUCUUACCAAUUUCUUCCGCAAUUAGUGAUGUUUCUGAAAAAACUGGUGAAGUGGAUAUGGAAAUGGUGGUUGAAGAACAAACACCAAAGAUGGUGGAGGAAAAUAAGGAGGAUAAUACAUUGGAAAAGAGUGAGUGUUUUGAUGUGAAUAGUGAAGUCCAAGAAGAAAUAUCAGCAGCAGAAAUUAACAAUAAUUAUCUUGAUGAGAAUAACCAGAAAUCACCAGAAGAAAUUAGCAGAAAUGAUGAAACUGAAAUCCUUGAAGAGGAAAAGGAAGUGGAAGUUUCAAAAAUAUCAGCAGAGGUGGAAGAAGACAUUUCAAAAAUAUUUGUAGACGAUAAAAAUAAUGAACUUGAAGUACAAGCAGAAAAUAAACAAAGUAAAAUCCAUACUGAUGAGUUGUUAAGCAUUUUAUCUAGCCAAAUAGAAAAAACGCCGGAGGUUGUUGAUAAAAUAUCGGACAGAAACGAUGAAAUACACAUCCAAGAUGAAGUGGAAGAAAAUAUUUCAAAAAUAUUCUCAGAGGAUCGAGAUAAUGAAGUCGAAAUACAAGUAGAGAAUAAAGAAAGAGAAAUACACACUCGUGAUUUAUCACGCUUUUUGUCUAGCCAAAAAGAGAAAACGCCCGAGUUUGUUGACAAAGCAUCAGAUAGAAACAAUGAAAUACACAUCCAAGAUGAGGUGGAGGAAAAUAUUUCAAAAAUAUUCUCAGAGAAUAGAGAUAAUGAAGUUGAAAUCCAAACAGGGAAUAAAGAAAGAGAAAUUCCGACUCGUGAUUUGUUACGCCAAAAGCUUGAGGAUCAAGACUCUGAUUCAAGUACUUCAAGUGGGGUCAUUUUGAAAGAUUCAAUUUUUGAUAAAAUGAAAAAUUUAGAACCGAAAAAGGAAAUUAAGUCAUCCAAUAAUGUCGAAAAAUCACCGCCAAAGUAUAAUAUUAGUUCAGAUAGUGAUAAUGAAGGUUCUAUUAUGGAAGAGGAGCGUAGACAAAAUAAUCAAAAUGUAGAUAUUAAAGAAGACUUAAAUGUAAAAUCAAUAACAAAACGAAAACUUUAUUCUCCGGGAGAUUUGUCUUAUCUUAAGGCGCAGAUGACUGAUGAAUAUUUGACUGCGAAACCCGAGGUGAAACUUCUACCCGGACUCAAACGGACACGAUCCAGAUCCAGAAAAUCAAAAACAGUAAAAACUAAAAGGGGCAGGCCUGCCAAAGUAACAAGUACCCCAAAAGCACUAACAAAGGAAGAUCUUACUAAAACAGAGAUAAUACUUGAAGAAAACUCGAAAAGGUUGGAAUCGUUUAGAGAGACUCUCCGUGAAGUGAAGAAAAACAAAAAAUAUAUAAAGAAGUCGAAGAAGAAUAAAAAGGCUGUCCCAAUGGGUUCAAGUUCUGAAUCAAUGGAGCCUUUUGGAGACGCUGUGAAGAAGUGCCAGAAAAGGAAAAGUGUGUUUCUAACAGACACAAAUACUAAACGUUAUAAAGAUGACAAUCCUAAUGAACUUUCAGUUGAAGAAAUUAAAAUCGAUAAAAAGAUACAUAUCAUUUCAAACGUUUUAAUACAACCAGCAAAUAGUCAAAAUCUUCAUUCUAAUGUAGACAUAUUGGAUUGCUACGAGCGGUUAGUAAAAUCAAACAUUGAAAACUUUCUGGAGUGUAUAGAGAAUGUUCAAAAAUGUGAACCUCGAUUAUUAGAGAAUGAGAAGUGCAAGAAAAUUUUCAACAUAUUGCGAAGUGUUCACGAACCUAAUUAACGUGUCUAAAAUUGAAUAUUCGUUUUUUGGAUUAUUUCUCAUGUAUUUAAGUAUAUUUAUAUUAUUUAUUAGUGUUUGUUACAGACUGCUACAGUUAAGCAUUGUUGUAGUAAGUUUAGUUUUUGUAUUACUAUAGCUAUAACAGAAUUAAAUAUUUGUCAUUUUUUCA